AUGUUGAGGUCCAAGGGUAUACAUCCAAGAAUUAGUACUUGCAAUUCUUUAAUCGAGUCAAUUAUAAAGAUUCAAGGUUGUUAUGCUGGAUAUGAUAUGUUUAGGGAGGUUUUUGGGCUUGAUGGUGAAAGUGGAAAUGACAAUGGGAGUAGGGUUAAGGGUGUUGUUCCGAAUGUGUAUACCUUCAGUAUAAUUAUGGUUGGUUUUUAUAGAGAUGGGUUGGUGGAGGAUGUGGAAAAGGUUUGGAGUGAAAUGGCGAAUAUGAACUAUGAGCCAAAUGCUUAUUGUCAUAGUGUGUUGAUGGAGGCAUAUUGUGACGAUGGGAGGAUAGAGGAUGCUAUGUGCGUGUGGGAAGAAAUGGGGUUUAAGGGUGUGAAGCAUGAUGUCGUGUCUUAUAAUACUAUAAUUGGUGGGUUUUGUAGGAUUGGGGAAAUGGGGAGGGCUGAGGAGUUUUUCAGGGAGAUGGAGUUGAGUGGUGGGGUGGAUGGUACUUGUGUCACUUUUGAGCAUCUCAUCAAUGGAUAUUGUAAGAUUGGGGAUGUAGACUCUGCAAUUCUCUUGUAUAAGGAUAUGUGUAGGAAAGGUUUUAGGCCGGAGAGUUCAACAAUUGAUGCUGUGAUUAGGGGGCUAUGCAAUAAGAACAGCGUUUCUGAAGCUCUCGACUUCCUGAGGGUUGCAGUGAAAAAACAUGGCAUUGUUCCAAAGGGGAAGAGCUAUGAGGGUCUGAUCAAGGGUUUGUGUCUUGAGGGGAGGAUGGAAGAAGCAUUGAAGCUUCAGCGUGAGAUGAUAGGAAAAGGGUAUGAACCAAACUCAGAGAUAUAUUUUGCUUUUAUUGAUGGAUAUACAAAGAAAGGGAAUAAGGAGUUGGCUAAAAAGUUGAGGAAGGAAAUGCUUGAAACUCGAACUCCUCAGGAAGAGAGUUAG